GUUCAUUCAUCAAAUUCAGUGGAGAAGCUUCCAGGUGCAGAGUUCGCCAAAUUUUCAUCCUUGUUCUCUAAGUUUCGAAUCAAACUGCAUCAAUGAAGGCCGUAAUUUUCCUGGUCCUGUUCGUUGCCACCCUGGCCGCCGGUCAGGGCUGUGUCCGGGAUGAUUCGAACGGGCAGCCGGCUUGCAAUGCGGCCGAGGUGGCACAGCGCUUCUGGCGCAACAACUGGGACCCCACCGCCUUCUGGGAGUGCGAAACUGCCGGUGUUGAUGCCACGGCUCGCCGCUGCCCGACCGAGGGAAUGUUCGACUCCGCCACCGGAACCUGCAUCAACUGGGCCGACUGGGUGUGGACUCCGACCUGUAAGCCCCCUAGCCGGGUGUAGGUUUUGUCGUUAGGCGCAGUUGGUGGGAUUUCAGAAUUGAAAAAAAAGUGUGAUAAUACUAUUUUGUUACGUGUUAAUUUCA